AUGGCGCCACAUCGCGUUAAAAGUAGUGAAGUGUGGAAUCAUUUCACUCAGAAUGAAUACCAAAAGGCAAAAUGUGAUUACUGUAGUUCUAUCUUAAGUACAUCUGGAGGAUCAAUGAAUAAUUUUUUGCGACACUUGAAAACUGUGCAUUCUACGAUUCCAUUAAACAGAAAUCAGAGAAAUCUUACAGUUGAAAAUAUUGAAGAGCUAGCUGAAUCAUCAAUUAGUCAACCUAGUACAUCCAAUAAUGGUGCAGCAGCUAGUACUGCUUCCAGACCACAAGGUUUAUCUCGUCGUUCUCAAGAAGGACAGUCCUCAAUAUCAACUUAUUUUAACCAAACAACGCCAUUGAAUGUUAACAACCAAAAACCUAUUGACCAUCAACUAACGAAAAUGAUUGUUAAAGGUUACUAUCCAUUUGACAUUGUGGAAGACGAAGAGUUCAAAAGUUUGUUAAAAAUGUUGAACGGUGGUUAUUCAUUACCAUCCAGAAAAACCAUCUCCAACACCUUGAUACCUAACCUCUACCACCAGACAUAUGAGCAAGUUAAAACUUUAAUGACUGACUCUUUUGCUGUGUGCUUGACAACGGAUGGUUGGACGUCAGUCAAAAAUGAAAGUUUCAUGGGCAUAACUGCACAUUUCAUUAAUGAAGAUGCUUUGCUUCAGUCCGUUAGUCUAGGAUGUGAGAUGUUUGAUGACAAGCAUACAACGAAUAACUUGUCCACAUAUUUGAAGAAUACUGUUAAAGAGUGGAACAUCCAAUAUAAAAUCACAGCCGUUGUGAGCGAUAAUGCACCUAAUAUUGUAGGAGCUAUAAAAAAAUGUAAUUUUCGGCAUGUACCCUGUUUUGCCCAUAGCAUUAAUUUAGUUGUACAAAGUGGGUUAAAAGAAAUGAGUGGAGUCCAGAAAAAAGUGAAGUCAAUCGUGGAAUAUUUUAAAAGAAGUUCACAUGCUUUAUCAAAACUUCAGUCAACACAAAAUCAAAUGGGCUUGAUUCCAUUAAAGUUGAAGCAAGAUGUUGUCACACGGUGGAACAGUACACAAGAUAUGUUUCAACGUAUUAUCCAAAUAAAAAAUGCUGUUAUUUCAACAAUGGCUCUACUCCAGUGUGAUGUUGAACCACUCACUGCAUCGGAGUGGAUGAUUGUUGAAAAUGCCUCAGAGGUACUUAAAAUAUUUUCUGAAAUAACAAUGGAAAUGAGCAGUGAAAAAUAUGUUAGUAUGUCCAAAGUUUUAAUUUUUAUAAGAGUAAUGGUUGGAACUAUGGAGUCAUUUGAGAAGAACAUGGCCUUGCCUGAUAUGACAAAAAAAAUGGUCACUACUCUUUUAGAAAAAUUAAAUUCUAGAUUCAAAGGCUAUGAAGACAAUGAAAUAAUAACUCAAGCAGCUCUUCUAGAUCCAAGAUUUAAGAAGUUGGCUUUUGAUGGAUACCAUGACCGAAAAUUAGAAAUUGCCAUGGAUCAGCUUAAAGCAAAAGUCUGCCAAGUGACAAUAACUGAAACAGAAAACCCCACGACAGUUUUAGGUACAAAUAAUAAUUCUGUUGCUUCCACUUCCACAUCAUUGGUUUGGAAAAUGUUUGAUGAUCAAUAUUCACAAAAUAAUGUAAGAGUCAAUCCAACAGCAGCAGGCAUCAUCGAGUUGGACAAAUAUAUGAAUGAACCACCUAUAAAUCGACAUGAAGAUCCAUUAAAAUGGUGGACAGCCCACAAAUUAUUAUAUCCACAUUUAUUUAUUAUAGUAAAAAAACGGUUGUGCAUACUUGCUACCUCCGUGCCAUGCGAAAGGCUUUUUAGCAAAGCAGGUUUAGUGAUAACAGAGAGGAGAAAUCGAAUGCUAGCCUCAAAAUCUUCCAAGGUAUUAUUUUUAAACCAAAAUCUUUAA